ACGAUUCUUCAUUCAGUCCAAGCACGCUUCUUUGUUUGAAUAGAUUCCUUACUCAGUUGUUUUAUGAGCAUAAAUAAGCAGGAGUAUCAAAAUGCUAGAUUUCAUCAAAGUCGCGAUUUUGAUAAUAAAUCUACAGUUUGGAUUCUCCGCUGAGCCCAAGUAUCAUAUUGCAACCUAUGCUAGCAACUGGUUCGAAUCGGCGGAAUACUGUCACCGGAUGGGCAUGCGGUUGGCGAUCGUCGAUUCCGACCGGCAGCAUGACGAAAUUGUUGCGGCUGCCAAGAAAACUGGACUCCAUUCAUCGGCGAAUUUCGGCGUGUGGCUGGGUGCAACCGAUUUGGCUCGAACGAACAACUACGUGUGGCACAACACCGGCCAACGGGUUCACUACUCGCGGUGGAGGAUAGCCGAACCUAGCGGAGGCAACGAGCACUGUUUGACGUUGCAGUUCUGGCCACUGUUGGGUUUCUUCUGGACCUGGAACGACGCUUCGUGCAGCAAGAUGCUGUAUGCUAUCUGUGAGAGCAACGCUGAUGUGGAGUGCGCUAGGGGGAUGUAGGGAUAGACUUCAGUUUUUUGUAGGUUUCCUGAGAAAAGUAGACAUCUUCUGGUGUGAAAUAGUGGAAAAAGAUAUUUUGAAAACAAUGAAGAAAAAGAGUAAUAGUAAAAGACGAAAUUACGCAUAUUAAUUUUUCGAAUGAGUGUAAUCAGUUUCGUACCUUUUAAUUCCGCCCUAUGUUGUUUAUCCUUUGACAGAUACGCGUAUUUCGAUUACCACUUGUAAUCUUCCUCAGUGUCAGUUAU